AUGCCCGUUCCGCAACCAAAGAGCCUGUUCGACGGAGCGCAGGAUGCGUCCGACAUGAUCGAGAGCCUGGGCACGGCGCCGGCCUUUUCCGGCUCGGCGCUCGAUGCCGAGAGCACCGCGCUCGUCUACGUCGAGCGCAUCGGGUUCGACGAGAGGGGACAGGCAGUGCGCGAGGCGGCCCACGUCGACGCCUCGGAUCGCACCGCCAUCAAGCUCGAGAUGGUCACCGAGGGCACCGGCAAGGAGCCCACCCGCAUCCGCAAGGACAUCCACGCCAAGACUGUCGUCCGGAUGAGGGUGACGGACAAGAUGGAGAACUCGAUGGGCAACAUGCACGGCGGCUGUGGUGCGACCCUCGUCGACAAUCUAUCGAGCAUGACACUCUACCUGCACACUUCGGGCGUUCCCGGGUCGCCGUGGUCGUUCCUGGGCGUAUCGCAAAACAUCAACGUCUUCUACCUCAACGCCUGCCCGAUUGGCAGCGUGGUCGAGAUCGAAUCGUACAGCGCUCAGGUGGGCAAGUCGAUUGCGCUGCUCCAGACCGACAUCUGGAUCGUCAAGCGCACCGACGGCCAGCCCGACGACGGUGAGGGUAGGCUCGACGGCAAGGGCUGGACGCGGACCGUCAAGACUGUCAGCGGCACGCAUACCAAGGUGGACAACUCGGCCAGCUUCAAGCUGUGA